GCUUUCUGGUGAGGUGUCCUCGCUCUCAGCUGGAUCAAGUCAUGGCCAACAAAACAAAAACUCUGACAGUGGCAGCGUCUAAUCUGGAGUGAUGUGAUGAGACUCCAGCCAGAUGUAGGGCAUCGGGGUGGAUCAGGCAGGUCUGAAGAGCAGAAGAGGUCAGGAUCUUGGUCUCAGGAUCGACAUGUAACUCAGAGGGACACAGAGUGAAGGGAGAGAGAGAGAGAGAAAACACAGGUUGUUAGACGCAGGCAGUUUCGGAUGGGGAGUUGAACAUGUCGAGGUUGUCGGGUACAGGCAGCAGCCCGAGUCUGAGCAGCAGCUCUGCUGGAGGAGAGCUUCCUAGUGGAGUAGAUGGUCCAGCCAGCAGGGUAGUCAGCUGGGCCGUAUGCUUCGAACGCCUGAUGGAGGACCCAGUUGGAGUGCGCUACUUUACCGCUUUUCUCAAUUCGGAGGUGAGUGCUGAGAACAUCCUCUUCUGGCAGGCCUGUGAGAAGUUCCAGAAGAUUCCACCUACUAAUCUGGAUGAGUUGAAGAAGCAAGCCCACUCUAUCUACGAUCUAUAUCUGUCUGAGAAUUCCUUCAAUGCCGUGAACAUAGAUGACACGGCACGCAUUAACAAGAGUGACCUGGAGAAACCUACACCAGAAAUGUUUAGCAAAGCUCAGCAACAGAUCUAUAAGUUGAUGAAGUUUGAUAGUUACGCACGGUUCGUGCGCUCUCCACUCUAUCAGAACUGCAUGCUGGCCAGUGUGGAGGGACGACCCCUGCCUGACCUCGAGCCUCAAAAUAAGUGCGUCACUCCAACCAGUGGCAGGAAGAGUGCAAACGUGAAAACGCCAUCAUCUGACAGUAAAGCCAACAAAAGGAAGAAGCUUGAGAAGAGAGGAUCAUGGGGAGAUGUGUCUUACCGGCAGAUCACAUUGUCAAGGCAGGAGUCUCAGAUCUCGGUGAAAUCCAGCAGCAGUGUCGAGUUGGGGUCGCUAUCCAACAGAUCAGAGGACGGCUCCUGGAGCCCUGUCGGUUCAGAGCCGAACUCAUCUGCUCGGGCGGAUAAGUACUGCUGUGUGUUUAUGCCCGAUGGCACCGCCAGCCUGGCACCGGCUCGAGCCGGUCUGACUCUGCGUGACAUGCUGAGCGGCCUGUGUGAGAAAAGAGGGUUCCCCAUGAAAGACAUCGUGAUCUACCUACAGGGCAAGGAUAAGAAUGUGUGUCGCAAACAACAGCCUCUCUCUUUGGACCAGGACAGUUCUAUCCUGCAGGAUCAGCAGGUCUGCCUGGAACUCAGAGUAACAUUUACUUUGGAGAUCGUGUUCACAGGGAAGACGAUUGGCAUCGUGGCCAAAUCGAGUAAGACUCUGGGAGAUGCCAUUUCCUCUGUCCUACAGAAACACCAUGUCCGACCACAGGAUGCCGUCAUCACUGUGAGUGGAUCGAAAGACCCCUUAAACAUGGACGGCAGUCUGUUACCCCUGGCCAACAAGACUCUCUGUCUGGAUCGAGUCAAAAGUGAAGGUGACGCCAAGGGAAGUCCAGCUAUAGAACGAGGCCGAAUGAGUGGCAAGCCCAAAAAUGAGAUGGAAGGUCUGGUGGAGAUGCUGACCCGCAUACAGUGCAGCCGGGCUGAUGACCAGCGUGGCUUAUUAACCAAAGAACAAUUGGCGCUGCCCUUGUUCUUACAGAUCCCUGCACAGCAGAGCAAGGAAAAGAGUGAAGAACAGAACCCUGAGAACAUACAGGAGAGCCGCUCAAACACACAAACGAAAGCAGCAGAUAAGGGGAAACCCUGCAUGAAUGGAGAUCAUAAAGACUCUAAUGAAGAGAAGAGUAAAACAGAACAAAGUGACUGUGCAGGUUCUGCAGAGGAGAUGUCACAUUGAGGACAUGUGUGUGUGUGCUUGUUGUGUGUAUGGAACAGUCUUCAUAUUUAGCAUAUUCUCACACACAUUAUUUGAUGAAGACUGUAAACUGUGACACUGUUUAUUUUGUAAAGACAAAAGAGGAGCAAAGAGAACUCUGUGCAGAGACAUCUGAGAUUUGUGUUGUGUAUUUAUUUUGUCCUUUUGUGUUUUUAUGAUCAAGCAUGCUCAUACUAUAUUUAUUUUUUAGUAUUGUUUGAUGCACUUGCACAUGCUUUAUAUGAGAUUUUUAUUCACUUAUGAAUUUUUCACUUGAAGUAAUUUGUCCCAAAAUAACAGAAUUAACUUUUUCUGAAAGAUUUGUGUUUAAUAUGUCUGUUUUGUUGUCUGCAUUGGUACCUUUGCUCUUCAGGUCUAAUACAGUCUGAUACUGGAAGAUGAACUGUGAAUGAUCUCCAUGUCUAAACUUAUUAAUAUACAGAGGUACAUUCCACUAAGAAACUACAUUUCCCAUCAGGCCACUUCCGCGUUGACCUGCGUCAUGCCGGGGCGGGGUCACCGCUGCAUACAGGGAAGCAUAAAACAAUGGGACAAUGCUUCCAUCUUUGUCUCUCGUGUCUGGAUUUCAAGGAAUCUAGACGCACAAAAGAGAUGCUCUCCACCAAAAAGACAUCUUUUUCUUUCUUUCUUGCAAGAUCCAUCACUCAGCGCGAUUUUCUUUCUUACCCUUGGCCAAGGUAAACUCCAGAGUCGCGCGAUCUUUAAACUCAACCUGAGUUACAACCAGUUUAUUCGUAUUAGAAGUGACGUCACGACUGCAGCCCAGGCAGUUAAAAGUUAAGAAGCGAUUGAAUCCUUUUUAACUCAAAAGCGCUGUGCAUCUUAUUCUGAUCAGAGACUUUUCCUCACGAACGCUGCAGUUCGGACCAAGAAUCCUCUGCUUUCCACGGGAACCACCCAAGUGCUCCGCUGGACCAGAAAGUUCUCUACGCCUCCAUCACGAGCGGCUCACGUGCUCCAACGGCAAGGCCCAAAACUACACCGGCGAAUAUUUCUUCAUAUCUUGCUAAAGGCAGGAUUAAGUAAGAUUUUGGCAUUUGGGCAUAAUUAAGAUAGUCUUAGGAAUUUGCUUUUAUUGAAAUAGUGUGAAUUUAAACCCAGGUUUAUCUGUUACACUGUUAAACAUGCAGCGUGUUGAAUUGUUCUGUUUUUGUUUUAAUCUCAAUUGUUUUAAUAGACAGGCUGUGCAUGCUUCUCUCUCUCUUAUUCUUACUAACAUUUUAAUUUCAUUAUUAUACAUCUUGAUCUCAUCAAGAUUUCAGUGGAUUCAGUAUGGUUAUGAGCUAGUGGGUUAGCUACAGCUUCCCUUUGUCUUUAGCAACACGUGCUCAGUAGGCCUCACCAGGCCUAACAAACACACUUUAGCUAGGCCAUAGGGCCUUUCACAAACACACACUAGCAACAUAAGGCUAAUCUAGGCCUCCACCAUGUGUAGUUAGCUACACGAGGCUAAACACAUGGUCAAGUCAUUCCCACACACACAAGCACACAUUAGCAACAGAGCUAAUCCUUUGUUCUAUUUCGAUAACAUUCCUUUGUUUUAGCUAGCAACAAGCUAGGCCACACACACACACACCACACAUAAACACACACACACAUAUAUACACCUCACUGCUUGUAUAUAUUGAUUAUUAUUUUUAUCUUUGUAUAAUAAAUUCAUUUAUUAUCAAA